AGGAGAUUAAUUAGAGUUGAAAGCACUUGACUACAUAUUUUACUGUCUGGUUUCUGCAUCCAUCUUCAAAGGGAUCAAAUCAAACCUCCCAAGAACACACACGAUCUAUCCCAAACCACGACACUCCACCAACUUGUCCCAUUCAUUUCCUCAAUUCAUUCAUUCAUUGAUUUCUCCAUCACUUUGAUAUAACCAUUUCUCCAAUAACACCAUACCUCAACUCUCCUAUUUUUCAGAUCAAGCUUCAGAUUCAGAUGCUUAUUCAAAAAGAGCUAGCUAAACUCUAAACAGUGACUCACUGAGUUAACUAUGCCUAUCAUAACUCGUCAAGCUAAAGGCCCAACUGGAUUAUGGGUAAAGAUGACAGCUGUAACAAUUUUGGGUCUAUGUUUUAUCUUUGUAUGGACUGUGUUUUCUUCUUCAUCUUCUUCUGUUACUUUUCAAAGGGAAAGUUUUGAAGAUAUUUCAGAACCUGUUUCUUCUUUUUCCAAUGCGAAUAAACAAACACCACCACCCAAAUCAGAAAAACGUGUGGAAGUAUCUAAAGAUCAUAAAUUUCAUCAGAAUGAUGAGAAUAAGGUUAAUGGGUCAUCUUUGAAUUCUCCCACGCGCCCUCAUAAUAAAGAAGUGGCGCGUGAAAAGAAACGUGUGCAUAAGAAGGAAGAUAGUAAAGAGAAUGUGAAUCAGGUUCAAGGGUCAUUGGAGAAAGAAGAUGAAAGUGAAAAAGAAUUGGAAGAUAAAGAAAAAGAAGAAGAAGGAUUGGAAUUGGAUCAUGAGAGUGAUGAUUCAAUUGAAUCUGUUGAUGGGGAUUCUGAGAUGUUAGAAGAUGGAAAUGGUGAAGAGUUGAAGAAAACUAGUAAGGGAAAAGUGAAAGGACCUUUGUUUGAGUCAAAUGUUAACUAUAGAUGGAAAAUGUGUAGUACUAGAAGCAAGCAUAACUACAUUCCUUGCAUUGAUAUUGAAGUAGGCGGUGGAAAGGUUCCAGGUUACCGACAUACGGAGAGGAGUUGUCCAAGGACAUCCUUCAUGUGUAUGGUUCCUCUUCCCCUUGAAGGAUAUGAGUCUCCAGUGCCUUGGCCUGAUAGCAAAUUGAAGAUAUUGUAUAAGAAUGUUGCACACCCGAAACUAGCUGCAUAUAUAAAAAAGCAUCAUUGGCUAGCGGAUUCUGGAGAAUAUCUUACUUUCCCUCAAAAUCAGUCUGUGUUUUUGGGAGGGGUUCAGCACUAUCUUGAGUCCAUUGAAGAGAUGGUACCAGACAUUGAGUGGGGUAAAAAUAUUCGUGUUGUCCUGGACAUUGGAUGUACAGAUUCAAGCUUUGCAGCUGCUCUCCUUGAUAAGGAUGUUUUAACAUUGUCACUUGGCUUGAAAGAUGACCUAGUCGACUUAGCUCAGGUGGCACUCGAGCGUGGCUUCCCAGCCAUGGUUAGCCCUUUUGGUAAAAGGAGGCUUCCUUUUCCAAGUCAAGUUUUUGAUGUUAUACAUUGUGCGCGUUGUAGCAUACCUUGGCAUUCCAAUGGAGGUAAGCUUUUACUCGAGAUGAAUCGGAUUCUAAGACCUGGCGGAUACUUUAUUAUGUCAACUAAACAUGACAGGAUUGAAGAAGAAGAAGCAAUGACCGCACUGACAGCAUCUAUUUGUUGGAAUGUUCUGGCACAUAAAAGCGAUGAUGUUGGUGAAGUUGGAGUAAGAAUAUAUCAAAAGCCUGAAGGAAAUGACAUAUAUGCAUUGAGAAGGAAGAAGAUCCCUCCGAUUUGCAAAGAAAACGAAAAUCCCGAUGCAGUUUGGCAUGUUCCAAUCAAGACUUGUUUGCAUACCAUUCCAAUUGGAAUUGAACAACAUGGGGCAGAGUGGCCUGAGGAAUGGCCGAAGAGGAUCGAAACUUAUCCCGACUGGAUGAACAAUAAAGAUAAAUUGAUCGCUGACACCAACCAUUGGAAUGCGAUUGUUAACAAGUCAUAUCUCAAUGGAAUGGGCAUUGACUGGACAAAUAUCAGGAAUGUUAUGGAUAUGAAAUCCAUCUAUGGAGGAUUGGCUGCAGCUCUAUCUAAACAUAACGUUUGGGUGAUGAAUGUAGUCCCUGUCCAUGCACCAGACACUCUUCCCAUAAUUUUCGAACGUGGCUUUUUUGGUGUCUAUCACGAUUGGUGCGAGUCUUUCGGUACUUAUCCAAGAACAUAUGACCUUCUUCAUGCUGAUCAUUUGUUCUCACGACUCAAAAACAGGUGCAAGCAACCUGUGUCGAUUGUUGUUGAGAUGGACCGUAUCUUACGGCCAGGAGGGUUGACAAUCAUACGCGACAAAGUUGAAAUCCUAAAUCCAUUGGAAGAGAUAUUCAGAAGUCUGCAUUGGGAGAUCAGAAUGACUUUCUACCAGGAAAAAGAGGGUAUCAUAUGUGCACAAAAAACUACUUGGAGACCUUGAAUCUUCACUUAUAUGCCAGUUUUCUGUACCAUCACAUCAUCCCGGAAUGCACUACGAUUUGAUUGAAUUUCCAAGAUUGAAUCUCCGAUUUCACAGUGUCAACGUGCGAGGUUGCCCAGCUGCUGCAAUUUCUAGCUAUAUUAUUUUCACGGUGCGAGUGCAUUAGGAUUUAGGACGCGGGAAUGGUCAGUCCACCGUGUUCUGGAACACAGGCUCUUUCUUUCCUUCAACUAACCCGUGAAUCAAUUAUUUAUUUUUAUCAAUUUAAUGUGUAAAAGCAAAAUGGAGUUUGUAAAAAUUACACUAUUAUUAUUUUUUUUGUAAAAAAUACUUUGUUGUUGAUAUAAUUUCAUUGCAGAAA